AUGGUUCGGGUGGUCAGUGUUUUGGGGCUGGUGAUGUUCAGCGUUGCUUUAUUAAUUUUGUCAUUGAUCAGCUACGUGUCCAUCAAGAAGGACUUCAUCUUCACCGCCCCGAAAUACGCCAACGCCGGCGGCCCGCGGAUGUACAUGUUCCACGCGGGAUUUCGGUCCCAACUGGCCAUGAAGUUUCUGGAUCCUGCGUUCACAUCGCUGAAUACCGCGCUCAACGAGAACCUGCAGGAGUCCAGCAACUGGAGGUUCAACAGGAGCGCUUAUGCAGAGCUCAGUAAAGAGAUCGCGCAGCAUAUUGACGUGCCGCACAACUUCACCCUGACCAAAAACAGCGUCCGUGUGGGUCAGUUAAUGCACUACGACUACUCCAGUCACAAAUACGUCUUCUCCAUUGGAGAAAACCUCAGGUCUCUGCUUCCGGAUGCUUCUCCCGUCCUCAACAAACGCUACAACACUUGUGCUGUAGUGGGAAACAGCGGGAUUCUCACUGGCAGCCGAUGUGGUCCUGAAAUCGACAAAUACGAUUUUGUCUUCCGCUGUAAUUUCGCGCCCACUGAAGUCUUCCGUCGAGACGUGGGACGCCGGACCAACCUCACCACCUUUAACCCCAGUAUUCUGGAGAAAUACUACAACAACCUGCUGACCAUCCAGGACAGGAACAACUUCUUUCUGAGUCUGAAGAAGCUGGACGGCGCCAUCUUGUGGAUCCCGGCCUUUUUCUUCCACACGUCUGCCACAGUGACGCGAACACUAGUCGAUUUCUUUGUGGAGCACAAAGGGCAGCUGAAAGUACAGCUAGCCUGGCCGGGAAACAUCAUGCAGUAUGUCAACAGGUAUUGGAAAACGAAGCAGCUUUCUCCGAAGCGUCUGAGCACGGGGAUCCUGAUGUUCACGCUGGCCUCGUCUCUGUGUGAACAGGUGCAUUUGUACGGAUUCUGGCCCUUCGGCUGGGACCCCAACACCGGCAAGGAGCUGCCGUAUCAUUACUACGACAAGAAGGGCACCAAAUUCACCACCAAGUGGCAGGAGUCGCACCAGCUGCCCACCGAGUUCAAGCUGCUCUUCAAGAUGCACGCAGACGGAGUCCUCAAACUCAGCCUGUCCCACUGCGCCUGAAGGUCAGAGGGCAGAGGUCACAAGGUCAGCGGUCAGGGCUGCUCGGUUGCACUAAUGGACAU